AUGCCCCAUCAGUUGACUGGCACUAGUGUAUUUGGUUUAAUUGAUCAGGAAUCUGGUUCGUGGGAUCAUUCGAUUUUGUCAGACCUCUUCCUAUCAGAUGAUGUGGAUCCUAUACUAAAAAUCCCAAUAGCUCCAGAAUUUGAGGAUUCGUGGUAUUGGUUCGGGGACCCGAAAGAUUCAUUUAUACAGGAAGUCAGAGGAUGUAAUGUUAGUAUACGAGUUCCUGUGCUUCCUAGAGCCUAUGAUGAUCUUUGGGAUGGGAAAAUAUCACUGCACGAGGCAGUGAAACAGGGAUUUCAUGCUCAAUUCAGUUCCCCUAUGGGAGCUUGUACAGCCUGCGUAAACUCAGGUGGAAGAUGCGGAUCAGAUAAUGAAGAUAAAUUAACCUGCCUUUGUAGAGAGGGGUCUUAUCCUGCAGUGUGUCCUACAAAUAAUGGGAAAAGAUAUGGAAUGAAGCUGGCUUUAGGUAUUACAGCAUCUGCAAUGGCAGUCUUUGCUACUGUAAUUUGCUACUAUGUAUACAGGUUCCGUGAAAACAGAAAAAUAAAGGAACAAAAAAAUUUUGAGGCCCUCAUUAGGCAAUAUGGAUCUUUGGCCCCCAAGAGAUACAAAUUUUCAGAAAUAAAGAAAAUGACACAAUCAUUCAAGGAUAAACUUGGUCAAGGAGGAUAUGGAGGUGUUUAUAAAGGAAAAUUAUCGGCUAAUGGUCGCCCUAUUGCCGUCAAGAUUCUAAAUGUUUAUGAUGGAGGAGAUGGUGAAGAAUUUAUCAACGAGGUUGCAAGUAUUAGUCAAACAUCCCAUGUUAAUGUUGUUACUCUUUUGGGGUUCUGCCUCGAUGGUAAUAAAAGGGCCCUUGUUUACGAGUUCAUGGCAAAUGGAUCGCUUGAAAAAUACAUAUAUGGUGAAAGUCGUUUGAGUUGGGAACAAUUCUACCAAAUUGCACUAGGGACUGCUCGAGGUCUAGAGUAUUUGCAUUGUAGGUGCAACACUCAAAUCCUUCAUUUCGACAUAAAGCCUCACAACAUUCUACUCGAUGACAGCUUCAAUCCCAAGAUAUCUGACUUCGGCUUGGCAAAGUUGUGCACUAUGAAAAAGAGCAACAUAUCAAUGGCAGGAACUCGAGGAACAAUUGGCUACAUUGCACCCGAAGUCUUCAGCAGAUGCUUUGGGGGCGUCUCGUACAAGUCAGAUGUCUACAGCUAUGGAAUGAUGGUUCUGGAAAUGGUUGGUGGAAGAAAGAAACCGUGUGGCGAAGCAAAGAACUCCAACGAGGUAUAUUUUGCCCGGUGGGCAUAUCAACGUCUUCUUCUCGACGAAGAUCUUAAGUUGCCGGAGGUUACAAGCGAAGAAGAAGAAGAAACUGCAAAGAAGAUGACAUUAAUAGGUCUUUGGUGCAUACAAACAGAUCCAUCACAAAGACCAUCAAUGAGCAAAGUUAUAGAAAUGUUAGAAUGCAGCUUAGAGGAUCUGGAAAUUCCACCCAAACCUUUCAUGUGUUCUCCUUUGGGGUCAGAAAAUGAUACUGAAACAUUAUUGGCACUACCUUUGUCUCCAAUGCAUGAAUCUUCUGCGUCUUCUUCAUCAUUUUGAUCUCAUAGUAUUCAAAAGAAUGUUCCAUACUGUAAUUUGUAAUCAAUGCAGGUACUUCUAUUUGGAAACAAAUUAAUUUGUC